AUUAUUUAAUAAUACUAAUAAUUAUUUUUAAAGGCAGAAUUGACUGUUGUCUGUUGACGACAGUCUUGACAUGUAUAAUAUUAUACAAUUAUAUUGGUAAUUGGUAUACCCGGCGUAUUUUCGGGUAGUUAUUAUUUCGACGAAGCACUUAUUUUUAUUUCAGUCUGUAUUUUAUAACGUGACAAACUGACGAAUGGAGAGUUCUAAAUCUAAAACAUAAUGGUAAUGUAAAGACGACGUGCAUGAUAGUACAAUAUUAUUUGGAAUUCCAUACGUUUAUCGAUAGUCUGCGGCCAGGCCAGCCGGUGGCGACGACGAUAUUUAUGUUUACUUCAUUGCAGUUUCUUAUUAUAGUAAGUUGUUUCGCCGUUAAGUGUUUACUCUGUUGCCCGUCGAUUACGACAUUCGUACUAACUGCUAAUAAUUAUUUCCGUCGCAUCUUUUUUCAUGUGCAUAAAUGCAUAAUACACUUAUUAGUUAUUAGUAUAUUCAAUAUUUAAAUUUCAACCGUGAUUUCGCUGUGGUGGUGAAAACUGUUCGUGUUUGUAUCGUGUUAGAUCAUUCAAGUAUUCAACAUCAUAAUAUUAUAUAUUAUUUUUACUACUAUAAAAAAAAAAAACCAUGACGUGGUCAGUGGUUCAUUUUAUGCUGGACGAAGUUGUACCGGAGCAUUGGUGUGUUAAAAAGGGCUAUUGCGCCUGGCCGAACACAUAAAAAAAAGUGAUCUAAAAAAUGCUGUAAUUAAUAGAAUUAAGCCCAAAAAAAAACAUUCAAUUUAUAUAAAGCACAGACUUUGGCUUAUAAUAUUGAUGACUUUCAAGUUGCCCAAAAAAAAUGCAUAGUUGCAAAAUCUAAAUCAGACCUUUCCUCGUCUGAGGAGACUGCAAAAACCAGAAAACAACGAAAACAAAAAGUUAUGAAGAUGAUGAAGUUAAAAAGUCAAAUGAGAAAAAACUCACAAUUUCUACAGAUCUUGGAUGGUCUCCAUUAAAACGCUCCGUUGUUGAAUCUUCAUAUGCACAUAUUACAUCAACUCCAGUUAAUCAAACAACCAACCAAUUUAUCUCAGAUAUUAAAAGUUUGAAUUCAAAAUCUAAAUACUACCAUAAUGAUAAUGGUAAUAGUGUUCCUUUGAAAGAUGAUGUUAUUGUCCAGACUAAUCAUUCUAUCAAUACUCCUUUCACUACUAAAACAACUGUAUCUCCUCAAAAUACUGUCGAUAAUUAUAAUAGUUGUUUAAACAGUAAUAUCAUUGCUAAAGGAGAUAGCCCACAUUUAUCAUUUGCUAAAAGAAGUUUAUUUUCCGACUUGGAUAAAUCUCAAAACCCUGGUAUAAUUGAUAGUCCAAUAAAGAUUUCUAAAAGAACAUUAUCUGGUGCGUUUUGAUUAAUUACAUAAUUUGAAAACAAUUGUUCAAUGGUAUACAAUAUCAUGAAUAGCCCAUCUACAUCUAAUGAACAAACUGUUCAAAAAGUUGACAAUUGUGUAAUCAUCAAAACUACUGAAAGUAAAUCAUUAAACUCAAAACAACAAAAAAGUCUCCAUAAAGAUGAUCAGUAUGCAAAAUUGUUAAAUUUGAUGGUAACAAUAAAAUACAAAUUAAGAUCAAUGCAGGAAAAAUUGGACAUCAUGAUUCAGCGAGAUGAGGAAACCAACUUGACAAAAACUAAGGAUUUGAGUAUAUAUGACACUGGUGAUAUAGAUAAUAAAUUACCAAUCAAAACUCAGGAACAGUUGGAAGAAAUAGAAAAUGAUUUGUCUAAAAAUAAACAUUAUCGGUGUCAGAUGAUUAAACGUUUAUCAUCUGUGGGAGGAAAGUCAAUAAAAAUUAUGGCAAAAAGAAUAAUGGCUAUAUUAUUUAUACUAGAAAUAUUAUGUGAAUUUUCAUAUAGUGGUCGUGGUAACAAAAAACUACCAUUUGAGAAAUUGCUUCUAAAUAAAAUUAUUUUUGAUUCUGUCCUUACAAUCAAAAAAUUUGCCAAUGCUGAUAACGCAGCUAAUGAAAUUGAUCAGGUUAUUAAAAUCGUUUCUUGUUGCUCGAACGAAAUGCAAAAAAUAAUUGAUCACUUCGGAUUUAUCAUCUACUGAAGAUGACAAUUAUUCUAAAAUAAAAAAUACAAAUAAUGGAAAAAAAUCAAAAUCUGGUAAUAAUUGCAGUAAUAACAAAAAAACGGGAUAUGGCGCUGACUUAAUCAACAUUGAAACUGAUAGCGAUGACAAUAAUUAUGAAUUACCAGCUUAUGAUUCUGGUGAUAAUAAUUCCAGUACAAAUAACAUUAAUUGUCUGUCUAAGAAAU